AUGACAGCGGUCCCGCCCUUCCUCCCGGCCCUUCUGUUGGCCGCCGGCGCCGGCCUCGUGAUCUACGAGGCCACUCGCCCUGAUCCGCCCGCGCCCGGCCCGACGCCGUGGUUCGAGAUCCCCACCUGCAACAACGCGAGCGCCUCCACGGCCGGCGGCCGCGCCGUCGCCUCGCUGGCCGACACCUCGACCGACGGGGAUGACAUCUGCGCCAACGCCGACUCUGGCGUCGCCGCUCCGCCGCUGCGGAUGGCGCUCGCGCUGGCGGAUGGCUUUCAGCCCGGCCUCACCUACUCGAUCUCUCUGCUCGUCCGGUCGGGCGCCUACCUCGUGAGCGGGAUUGCGGUGGAGGACGGGCGCGGCGGCGUGCUCUCCCCGGCCGCGAACCUCGAGAUCGGCCCGGACAUGAACUUUCCGUGGCGGACCAAGGCUGCCGCCAGUCUCUCGCCUCCUCCGCCGCCGGCGGCGGCAGCAGAGGCGAGCGGGGACUCGUUUGCCGCUGACGGGCGGCGGCUGGCGGCGGAGGAGAGGGAGGCUGGGGCGUGGGGCGGGGGGGGCGACGAGAUCAGCCUCGACGACUGGCAGGAUGAGUGGGCGGAGGCGGAGGAGGUGGAGGCGGAGGAGGUGGAGGAGGAGGUGGAGCAGGAGGAGGAGGAGGCGGGAAGGCGGAGCCUCUCUGCCGACCGGCGGCGAGGCGGAGGCUUCUCCCGCGGAG